AUGCUGGAAUUGCGACUAGUUCACCCUGAACCUCUGACGAAUUGGCGUUUCCAAGCAUCUUUCACAGACACCUCGGUGGACCCUUCGAAGACAGUCAUACUGGACGAUCUUACGGCGGACAACGACAACUGCUUGCUGUUUGAUGAUCCGAGGUUAGCACAUGGCUCAACGUCGUCUCGAUUUUUCAAUCCGUUCUUGUACUUUCCAGGCCUCAGUCGACCCAGUGACUUGUACGGACAUGUUUUACGUAUUGUCGUGACUUCGCUUCAACCUGUUACACGUAUCGUUAUCAACACGUCCGUGCAAUUCACUCAAUUUCCCGACGAGGCGGUUGUGAAGCCACCUGUACAGUCGAUCCAACAACACUCGGAAGCUGUAGCUACGCAAAGCACCAACCUGCACGCACCCGCUCGCCGCCAUCGAUCAGCGCCACCGGCACAAAAUAAUAAAAACGAAGCCAGUACGAGUAGUUUGGCCAUGGACCAAUGCAAUCCCUGGUCGUCAAGCGAGCAGUACGACAUCGAUAUUGGUGAUCGUCGAGACUCUAUGCUGGAGCAAAUGUUCACGCUGGAACUUGAUGAGCCUCGACCGCCGUCUCCCACCACACCCACGAAAGAGAGCCCAACAAAUGAGAUCGUGAGCUGCUCGCCUCAAACACCCAUAGCCACCAUCGACAAGAAGAAGAUGCAACUACAUCACCUGCGCGCAAAUAUUCGGGUUCGUUAA